AUGCCGCUCACCCCCGAGGAGGGCCGCGCCGGCGCCAAAGAGAUCGUACGUCCGGAUAUCCAGCAGGGCGUCGGCGGGUACCUCAUACCCGAGUACCUGGAGGUCGAAGACGAGGUCCUGACCAUCUACGUGCAGGAUGUGCUGGGGAUGACGGACGGCGCCUUCGCGGCGGGCCGCGACGCGGGCGCGUUCUGCAGGCACUCGCUGAAGCAGGGCGUUUUCUGCACUGUGCUGCGCAAGUUUGUCGACAUUCGGACCGAGGCGGCGGAGCGCUGCCCGCUGUUCUGCGAGGUCAUGGCCGAGCGGGCCGGCGCGCUCGACGCGCUGGCUGCGAAGGCGGAGGCGGACGGAAGGCACAGGCGCGCGGUGUACCUUGUGGAGGGCGCUGAGCAUCUGCGUCGGGAUAUUGGGGAUGUCAAGGCCGAGAUGGCGGAGCUGGUGCGUGCCUACGGCACGUUUGAUAAGAUGCCUGCUGUGGUAGACGACGAGGACGAGCAGGCCGCGCUGAAGAAGGCGUGGGACAAUUACGGCAAUCUGAAGAUUGCUAUUCGCGAGAUGGCUAACUUUUUGGAGUUUGGUGAUAAUUGGGGCCACUAG